CAAAGAACAAAACAUGCUGCAGGUGCAAGGGCUAUUGAACAAAAAGUCCAUAUGACAGGCAAUCCAAGCAUGAGUCCAGGGAACAAAUAAAAGGGAGAUGAACAGGAGCGGAACACAAGAACAUGACAGCCUGGAUGAACAGACACACCAACAAAGGCAAAUGAGAGAGAAGGGACUCUAUAUGAACAAGGGUGAACAGAUGCAGAUGGCAACAUUUACCUCUGAGCGAACAGGAGGCAGGCAGUGGGAGGUAAACCAGAUACCCCAUAUAUUAGAAACACACUUUCAAAGAGGGGCAAGAGAUCUAAUUACAAAGUCAGAGACAAGAGAACCGUCACAACUUUGACAAAGCCUGGACUUGUAAAACAAAACCUUGAUAAAUUUGCUUAAAAUCUUGUAAAUAACAUGAGAAAAGCGAUGAUAGAUAGCUCUCGGAAAAUCUUGACGGGAUAACGGUGGUCCAUCAAAUUUUGUAAAUGUAUUGUUUAAUGCUUUUUCUGCUCUUCGGGAGAACCAGUGCACACCUCAUGAACAAAUCUUUUGUGUUUGCCGACAACCACGCAAUGAGUUUGAUGAUGAUUUGAUCAGCUGCGACGAACUCAAGCAUCAACAACAAGAUACAAGAUUAUCUUGUUGAUGCUCGAGUAUCAGAGAGAAUCUCGUCUAUUCCUUUCUUCCUUGUUACCUGCUAUGCACGGCGCAUAAUAGUUGGAAUGUAAAUUCCAGCAAGUACUGUUUAUUAACAUCGUUGUACGAUUGGAAAUAUUGUCAAAUAAGAAGCAAUCGCGUGUGUUGAAGUACAGCAGCAUUUGUUAUUCAAGCACAGGUUUUGCAGUAGGUGGGAUGCCAUGUGGGAAAAACCUUCAACUGAAAAUGAAACCAAACAAAUUGCUCUGGGAUGUUUUAAAGCAGCUUAGUGUGUUAAUGACUUUUUUUUUAAGUUAAAAGAAAGAGCCUUCUGCAAAUAAGAAAAAUAUACUUUUAAUAUCUGCCCAAAGUAUUCACCAUCCUAGAUUCACAGCCUUUGUAUGUUUUGUUGCCCUUUUUAUGUUAUUGGGAUGUUAUGAUAAUACAUCAAAAUGUAGUCUAAGUGAAAGUUUUUUCUGUUUUGGCUUAUUUUUCUAAUAAAUAAAAUUCUUAAAUAUGUAAAGUGCAUUUGUAUUUUAGCCACCUUCUUAGGAAUUACAGUUGUAAGUAUUUUUUUUGGGGGGGGUAAGUUGGUACAAAUGAGGACUAGAAAGACUCGAAAACUGAUGUUUACAGAUGCUUCCCAUCUGGACAUUUUCUAAAGAUUUGUGAUUGGACUUAGGUAUUUACGUGGACUAGGCUAUCCCAGCACAAAAUACAGCAGACAUUUUGUCUGUGGCUGUACGUUUGAGGUUGCCGUCUUGCUGAAAAGUGAACCUCCACCUCUUCCUCAAGUCAAAUGCUCACCUUGCCUGUCAAUUUAGGUAACUCUGCAUGACUUAGGUAGGUUUGCAGCUAUAGCACAGGCAUAGCCUGUAUUGUUUUAUGAGAUUAUGUUAAAUUAUACAUUGGUGGAUACUCUUUAUUAAUUAGCCGACUUCUCCAUGCAAUCAGUUGCACUUGAUUUUAUUUAGGGGUGACAUAUUUGUGACUUAAAUGUGUCAAAUUGGAGGACUGAAUACUUUUGCAGCCACUGUCUGUUUGGAAAUAGUUUGACUUGGCUUGCAUGUCCUCAGUUCUAUGCAGCUUCAAUGGCUGCCAGAAGAAUCAAAUGUUGAUGUUUCUGCAAUGGAAUGAGGCCCACAGUACUGGUUUUGCUCUUUUCUCCACAUUUAGCCAGUCCAGCAUAAAGAGAAGGACGGAGAUGGAGGGAAAACACCUUUUUUUGUACUUUAACUUUUUUUUAGAUGUAUCAACAGUCGAACAGCUUUCCCUCCAGGUCACCCAGCGAGCUGUGAAAUGACAUGUUGAUCCCAUGAAUAUGUGUGUGUGUGUGGGGGGGGGGGGGGUCGGGGUGUGUGUGUGCGUGUGUUCAUGUCCACCCAAGGGACAAGAGAGGCAGGAAUUCCUUUAUCAGGUUGACCAAAGAACUUUUUUUUUUACGCCAGCCAUCAUAGUGAAAGUGGCCCUGCAGUGGAAAUCAAACUUAGUGAAAGUGUGUGAGGAACAUUUAAGGUAGAAAAAGAAAAAAAAAACUACAUUUCAAAUACCAUAAAUCAGAAUUGUGGAGGAGAAAAUGACUGCUGAAUGAAGGGAAGAAGAACUUAGUGCUGUCCCUUGCUUUAAGCCAAAUUAGCAUGCGCAGUAGAUCUCUUUUAUGGCUCUGGCGCUGUCUAUGGUGCUGAAAAGUCGUGAUUACACAAGAGGUAAUGUUCUAGCUGGACGGCAGGAAGGAAGUGGAAAUAAAUCUCCAGGCAAAACUGAGAUUUCAGCGAACUAUCAGUUUUGUGUUCACCAGAUUGGCAGGAACAUCUCGGUGGGAGCCCUAAAGGUGCUUGAAAGUGGCCCAUUACUAAGGAAAACAUGUUGGGCUCCUUUAUAGAUGAACAAAGAAGGAAGUCCAUUCAUGUUUUUUCACCGUAAAAAAGGGGGAAAAUAGUAAAUUUCGGUUGUGUUGAAAGACCUUUAGACAACUUACUGAGUUUAAAGAUUGAAAGUACAAACUUAUAUUUUACUGCAGUAGCAUUGUUUCACACUGACAUUCAGAAAGAAACUGAAACUUAAUCUAAGGACUGGUGUCUUAAUUAUUGCUACCUGCACUCCCCCUUUGCCAAUAAGGCAUCACUCAGGCUCCUAUAACAUUUUACAAGUUUAGAUCUGUGUAGGAAGAGGGAUCUUUGAUUAUUCCUCUUGCCACUGAGGAAUAAUCAAAUGCCACUGGUGGUUUAUUGGCUCAAGUUUUGGGUAUCAGUUAGCUGCAAUUAAAACACAACCAAAAAUGAGUGGCGCUACUAAGUACUAGCAGAGCAGCCAAAAAAGAUUAGUUGCUCUCGGUCACAGAGUUUUGGUCCAACAAGAAUAUUGCCAAAACAAAAGUUCACUGCAGAAUAUUGAAGGAAUAAUGUUACUGAAACAGAAACAUGUGCUGAAGGCUACUUAAGCUGCUUUCCAAUUCAGAGCUUAAAUCUGCAAUUCACACCUCAAGUGUUAUGCCACACUCGCAUUUGCGGCAUUAUAAAAUGAAUUUUACUCAAGUCACCCAGACUGCCAUUUCCAGUUACUAUUUGCAGUCUUGAUUCUUGAUUAUUAUGAGGGACACAUCUUGUACUUUCUACUGAAAAUACAGUGAUUUUUUUUUUAUCUUUAAUGGAUUCUGAACAUUUAAAAAUGAUUUUGUACCUAUAAUUAUUAAGAGCAACAAUCAUAAUUUGCUUUGCUUGAAUGAUUACAAGUUUGACAUUUUGAAUCAUUUUUAAAACUGGUUUGUUUAAAAUUAUAAUUCACAUGCUUAGGGUAUAUUUUCCAAAUGAUUUUUGGAUGGAAUAAAGACCUUGGAUCAUACUUCUAACAUUUUGUGUCAGAAUAUCUAAUAUCAGGGUUUGUCACCAAGGGCAAAACAUUACAUAGUCCAACACUUCAUCCUGAAUGUCUUGUGAUAUCAGAGGCGGGAGAAAGUCAUUGUUUUUGCAAGUAAUUGCUUUCAAAUCUUUCAAGUCUGGAGUCGAGACACGUAAGUGCCAAGUCGAGUGAUGUCCAUGUUUGGAGUAGAGUCCACGUCCUAAACUAUAAAAUUCAAGACCUUACCUUAAUCAUAUGACGCUUAUUUUGAAAUAAAGAUAUAGUUAUUAAAGGGUGCGUUAUUGUUGCAGUAGGAGUUUGUCCAUCAAGUUUUGGACUUGAGAAUACAGGAAAUGUCGCCGGCCGGUGCUGCUGUCAGAGCGAGGCGGGGGGAACAGGGUAGUAGCUUAACAGAGGGUAUUUGACUAAACCACCGUAAACGCGGUGAGGGAGAGAAGCUAACGUGAGAGCGGGGGGAACAAUACGGACAAUUUACGAGAAAAUACUAAUACGUUAGCACGACGGGAGAGGGAGGUAAAACACGGUAGUUUCCCGGAAGAAAUGGGAGGCUUGACAGGUAUGAGUUCGUCCUCAAAGGCCAAGAUCCAGUUGAAAAAGAAAAAAAAAACGUUUUUGCAUUGAUAAUAAGAAACUAGUAAAAACUCCAAGGGUUACAUAGAGGUACAGUUAGCAGCUCUGUUGCCUUGCAGCAAGAACGUCCUGGGUUCGAACCCUAGGCCCGGGGUCUUUCUGCGUGGAGUUUGAAUAUUCUCCCUGCGCAUGCGUCAGUUUUUUUCCGGUUUCACUUCCCCGGCUUCCUCCCGCAGUCCAAAAACAUGACUGAUUCGGUUAAUCUAAAUAUCUUUUAGGCGUGAGGGGGGUGUGCUUACAUGUUGCACGGCCUGAGUGUCUCUGUGAUGGACUGGCGACCUGUCCAGGGUGUGUCCUGAAUUGUGCCCGUAUAAAAAGACAUGUUCAACAUUCCAGACUUUAUAUUAAAUAGUAUACAGCAUGAUUCACAGACUAAUUAUUAUCAGGAAAUAUAUCCGGCUCGGCUGCUUGCAUUAAAUUUAGAGUGGAAAACCUGAAAAAGCGGAAAAUGUUACUCAACGAAUUUUCAUUAAAAUUCACCAAGAGGCAAGCUCCGUGAGAGGUUAGGUUAUUGGCGGGCAGGCGCAUGGACACACACACACAGGCACACCCCCGCACACACACACACACACACGCCUACAUGCACACAAACUUCACAGCUGGUGUGCCUUCCUCCAGCAGAGACUGACAGAAGCAGGGCGACCGCUUUAAGCUGCGAGCGCUCAUCUCUCCUCUCCACCACCGGCGCGUCUUUCACUGUUCUUAUGAAAAACUUUGAAGGGGUAAGGGGCGAAAUGUGCAAGAAAAUCGUUUAGGAAACAGAAGAAAAAGAAAAAGAAAGAUCAAGUCCGAGAAGAGCGGUGGAGCCGGGAGAAAGAGGAAGCUAUGCCAUCUCCCGCCGAGCGGAGCCCAGUCCUCCUCAGUUGCGUGUCGGAUCUACAGCAUGGUGUCUCUUUCUGGACUCUGGAGCCGCUGCCUCGCCCCGGGGAGAACCCGUCUCCUUUUCAUCUCUGUCAGAGUGCUUCCGCUGCUGCUUCUCCUCCUGCUGACUCCCUUCUCCUCUGCCGAGACCUGCUUCCCUCACCCGGCGCCCUGCCACAUCUUGGCACGGAUCGGACACACCGUGCGCCUCGGUGCGCUCCUGCCGACCCGCCAGCCGGCGCGGAUACAGAACGCGCUCAACCGCGCCCUGGCGAGCAUCCGGCACCAGAGCAGCGGGACGGACUCCACCACCGCUUCCGCCCAGCCGGCCCCUCUGCUGCCCUACAACCUGACCCUGGAGAUGGUGGUGCGGUCGCCGGCGGGGUGGGACCCGGAGUCGUUGUCCCACAGCGCCUGUCAGGACCUGGUGAUCAGAGGCGUGACAGCCGUGCUCGCCUUUCCACGCUCCAGGGAGGAGCUGAUCCAGGUGGAGUUCCUCUCCUCUUUCUUGGAGAUUCCCUUCGUGUCCAUCCUGGAGGACACGGAACCCCUUGUGACUAAGAACCGGUUUCACCUCCAAAUGUCGGCCCGCGUGCCUCCAUCAACCCUUGGCAGCUUGCUGCUGGCGGUCCUGCAGAGUGGCGACGGGGACAGGGACAGAGGGAGCCGAGGAGAAGGCAGAUGGGGAGGUGCAGCUGUGAUCUGCCCCGGAUGGGAUGAAGGCAGCGACGGCUUGCUGACUCACCUGCAGAAGCACAGCGGUCCUGCUUGGCAUUUGUGGGAUAUUAUCAACCUGACGCUCAUCACCGGCAGCAAAGAGAGAAGGGGGGAGGCCAGCGAGGAGAGGAGGGAGGAUCAAAUGGAAGAAGAGGCUUUGAACAUCAUCUCUUCCAGUUUCCUGCGCUCCCCCUCGCCGAUCUCCUCCGUGCUACUCAUGGGAUCUGACCCGGAGUGUCUCUCAUCUGUCCUGCGAGCCGCUCAGCGCCUUGCCCCGUCACUUCCAGCGCUGCAGUGGAUCAUGGGAUAUCCUUUGUCCCCUGAUUCACUGCACACUCUGGGAGGUCCCCUUGGACUGCUGGCCUAUGGGGAGGUGGGACGCAAGCCGAUAAGCUUCUACAUACGGGAUGCCUUGCAGCUAGUUGGUCGAGCAGUCACUACGGCCACCAUGGUGAAGCCGGAGUUAGCGCUGGUUCAGAACUUGGUAAACUGUUACGACACACCAAACAGGCAUGAACUACCGUCUUCUGGACAGUAUCUUUCCAGGUUUCUGUCCAACAUCUCUUUCACUGGCUCUACGGGACUGAUCCAAGUGGAUGCUGGUGUUUCUCGAGUCCUUUCGUCACAACUGUUCCAUGUAUGGAGUCUUAAAAGAGGUGCGCUGGGUCAGCCAGCGUGGGUUACUGUAGGACAGUGGACCCGUGGUCGACUAGAACUUGAGGGAGGCAUUUUGGGACUUGUGGGAGGACUCGGCAACAGCCAGGGACAAGGCCUUGGAGCUGGUGUCAGAGGAGGGGAUGGUCAAGGGGAUGGCUAUUUUGGAGGACGCUGGAGACCAGGACUUUCCGUCGAGGAACACCGCCUCCGUGUGGUGACAUUGGUUGAACAUCCAUUUGUCUUCACGCGGGAGGUCGACGAGGAUGGUCUGUGUCCAGCAGGUCAACUCUGUCUGGAUCCUAAAACCAAUCGGACUGAUGUAAUCAACGGCCUCUUCAACCAGCUUCACAACCCCAACUCUACAGUGAUAGACUGGGAAGGAAUUGAUUUGCCAGGGGAUCUAAGGAAAUGCUGCUAUGGGUACUGCAUUGACUUGUUGGAGAAACUGGCAGAGGAUAUGGGAUUUACCUUUGACCUUUACAUUGUGGGAGAUGGAAAGUACGGCGCGUUGAGCGGGACGGGACGCUGGACUGGCCUUGUGGGGGACCUCUUGAAUGGAACAGCCGACAUGGCCGUCACCUCUUUCUCCAUCAACUCUGCCAGGAGCAGAGUGAUAGAUUUCACUUCUCCCUUUUACUCCACCAGUCUGGGAAUUCUGGUUCGUAGCCGGGACACGGCAGCGCCCAUCGGAGCCUUCAUGUGGCCGCUCCACUGGUCCAUGUGGGUCGGCAUUUUUGUUACGUUGCACCUCACAGCACUCUUCCUCACCUUGUACGAGUGGAACAGCCCGUUUGGCAUGACCCCCCAUGGCAGAAACAGGCUGCGUGUGUUCUCCUACUCGUCUGCCCUCAAUCUCUGCUACGCAAUACUCUUCGGACGCACCGUCGCCACCAAGACUCCUAAAUGCUGGACGGGACGCUUCUUGAUGAACCUCUGGGCUAUUUUCUGCUUACUGGUGCUGUCCAGCUACACAGCCAACCUUGCUGCUGUUAUGGUUGGAGAGAAAACUUUCGAGCAGGUUUCAGGAAUUCACGACGAGAAGCUGCACCAUCCCUCUCUGGGCUUCCGUUUUGGGACGGUGAGGGAGAGCAGCGCCGAGGACUACAUGAAGAAGAGUUUCCCAGAGAUGCACGACUACAUGAGACGCUACAACCAACCCACAACGCCAGAGGGUGUGCACAUGCUAAAGACAGAUCCUCCGGCUCUGGAUGCAUUCAUCAUGGAUAAAGCCCUGCUCGACUUUGAGGUCUCCAUUGAUGCAGACUGCAAGCUGCUCACAGUGGGGAAGCCUUUUGCCAUUGAAGGCUACGGCAUAGGCCUUCCCCAGGGCUCUCCUCUGACCCGUAAUGUGUCGGAGUUUGUGAGUCGCUACAAGUCUGACGGCUUCAUGGACAUGCUGCAUGACAAAUGGUAUAAGGUUGUACCCUGCGGAAAGAGAGUCUUUGCAGUCACCGAGACUCUGCAGAUGGGCAUCCAGCAUUUUUCAGGUCUGUUUGUGUUGCUGUGCAUGGGUGUCGGCGGAGCUCUGCUGACCUUGGCAGGUGAACACACCUUCUAUCACCUGGUGGUCCCCCGCCUCCGGCGCUCCAACACCCUGCAGUACUGGCUGCACACCAGCCAGAAAAUCCACAGAGCGCUCAACACUACAUAUGAGGAUGUCGGGAAGGAGCUGACCGGCCUUGACCAAAAGCCCUCCUCUUGUAUCUCAGAAAACUGCACCUUACACAGGAAACAGCAUCAGCCUUCUCCGCCGUCACCUCCCACAUCCCUCCCUGCUUCCACCACAGCUGGUGAAACCGGAAGCUCCUCGCCGUCUCAUGAACCCAAGGAGAAACGCGUUCACUUUGACCUGGACACGCUUCACAGCUACCGCCUGCGCACGCACACAGCGUCGGUGCGUGGCCGGCCGGGCAUGGUCGGCCGUCCUGGCCUCGGUCUGGGAGGGUUUGGCUUCAGCAGCCUGGGCAGCUUUACCUCCCCGCCUCAGAUCAAUCUCCAUGUCAACGGAGGACCGGUCUCUACCCUUGCGUCCACGGGUUUGGUCCUCUCUCCCCUGGGAAAUAGGGCUACUCAGACCAGCCUGUGGGAGGGGGAACUGCAGGAGCUUCAGGUGAAGAUCGAAACCUUCCGCAACCAGCUGAGAGAAGCUCUGGCACGAAGAGCUGAGAUCCAGACCAGCCUGGACAGAGAGAGGAGUGGGCUGGUACGAAGGGACACCAGUCUGGAGAGGGAAAGAGACAGACAGAAGGUCCAGACUAUCAACACAGACAGAAGCAGUUCCACUCUGUCCAAACUCCCAGAAAGAGACAGGACCAGCCAACUGCAAACCCUGAACAAUCAGCAGACAGGAAGGCCCAGCCAGACAGCUGGAGCUGGUACCGCGGGGCUCGGAUGGACCAGCCAGUUAAACACAGUGAACAGUUUGGACAGAGGAAGAGCCACUCAAUCACGCCCCGUCGUUACUGUGACAGGAGAAAGGACUGUCCAGUCACGCCCUUCGAGUUUGGAGCGAAGUCAAGUCAACCAACAAGGUGCUGGAAACAUAACUGUCCAGACAAGGAACACUUCUAGCCUGGACAGACAGAAGGCCAACCUAUCACGCACUCUGAACACUUUGGAGAGGACAAAAGCCAGCCAGUCAAGUGUAAGCAGCGGAACCUGAUUAGUUCUCUGAAGCCUUCAGGUGUGUGGGAAUUAACAGAGAACUAGUCAGGUGGCGCUCUCAUUGCCGCGGGAUGAUGGCUCGCAACGGGUUCUGGUCAUUUCAGCCUUUUGCCAUUUUGUAGCUUUUGCAGCUUUGGUUUUUUCCUAGCUGACCUUUUGAAACGGAGCCUUCUGCCACAGGAUGUUUUGUACUGACCCAGAGUCACCUGGAGGCCACAAUAACUAAUUUCAAAUAUAUCCAACUUACAUUCUGCUGUAAGAAAACGUGACUCCAAUUGGAAAUAUGAGCACAAGACAUCUUGGUGUGAUUAGGGGUGACAAGGGUUAAUCUCAAAGAUCACACAUUUGCCCCCCUUUUAUAAGUUUCUUGUGUUUUUGCUGUUUUGUUAUGUCAAAUCAAAUUGUAAUAUAAGAUUAUAAUAACCAGAGUAAACACAAUCAGCAGUUUUCAAACAAUGACUUCAUGUUUUAAGGGAAUAAGUAACCUGGCUCUAAGUGAAAAUUUAUUUAACCCUUUAAAUGUCUCUCAGUGAGGAAACAAAGACACAACAUGGCAUACAAUAAUUUAAUUGAGCAGAUAUUAAACUAACAAGCGAUAAAAUGGCAAAGUAUGGCUAAAAAACAAGGUGCAAAAUUGGCAAAGGGGUGAAUUGACCCGAUCCGGUUGUAGUUUGUUGUUUUUUUGUAGUUCGGGAGUGAGAUGGCAGAAAGCAGGAAAUGUUUAUUCACAAUUUCAUUUGUAGCAAUCUGCCUAAUUUUAACAAUUUCCACUCUCGCUUCAAUUUAUACCCAGAGACAAAAGCAAAUCUGACUCUUGAGCGAUGAUGAAACUUCCACAUUUGCCCUGCAAUAACAAAACAGCACUAGUCUUAGGAAAAGCAGCAGCAAUUGCAGCGGUGUCUUAAUCUCCUAAAUCAGAUAAAUUAAAACUGGUGGAGGAAAAACAAGUGAACUUUCGGUGGCGGUUCACAUCAAGAUCGAUUAACCACAACUGAUUAAAAAGAAGAUGGCCUCUGGCAACUACAUAAUCAGUGGCAAGAGGGCAGAAAAUCUAUUUUAAUCAAGUUAAAAGACGACUAACUAAAUUAAAAAUUUGAAAAGCAAAACAACAGCCUAACACAAGAAUUUGCAGAAAGCGAUGUAGAAAAGAAGAAACUGUAAGGAUGGAGUGGCAUAGACUGAAAAUACUUGAAAUCGCUCAAUUUAAUGGACUCAAACUGUAACUGUCUUUAUAUUAUAUCCUGUCCUUAAGUCACUAUGUCAAGAAAUGUUUUCUUUUUUUUUCUCUAUGCUAAAUAAGACAUAACAGGUGGAUGUUUAACAGGUAAUGGAAAUGGAUGAUAUUGGAAUAGGAUUUACUUUAUUUGUUUUCCUUUCUGCAGUAGUUAUUGAACCUUCAUUCAAUGUCUUGUUCUCUCAAUCUCUGUUUUUACUUCUUUAUUUUUUCAAAAGUAAGAUCAAACAACACACAGAGGCCAGGGUUUUUACGUAUGCAAGAUUAUUUGGGCCUGUGUGUUUCAGAUCAAAAAGAAAGAUGCUGUGUAAAACAUACAUGCAAAUAAUAUGUGGAGGAGAAGACAUAUGAAAAAAAAUAUCCCAAACACAUUCUGCACUCUGAAAACUGCUGCGUAGGCAGUCCAUUGGAUCUCAGCUGUUAAAUAUGGACAGAUCUGGUGGAGAAACACUUUAAUACAAUGGAAAUAUGGAUUAUUUACUAUUUGUAAGUCAAAAACCUUUUUGGCUUAAGGAUCACCAGGGUGGCAAAAAAUACACGCAAAAACAAAAGAAAAUUGGACAGGAUGAAAAGUUUUUUUUUUUUUUUUUUUUACAUAUUUUUCAGUAUAAACAUUUUUCUUAUAUUUGUUACAGCAAAGGGACUAGGAUUCUGACAUAGUUUCAGACCACGCAGCUUUUAAAACAUGCCUGUGCCGCUGCUAAUUAAGAGGUGGAGACAAAUAUGGUUUUGAAAAACAAACAUUUACAUAUUUACAUUCCACUUUAACGACUUAAGUCCAAAGCCAAACAAUAAUUCAGACCCAAACGCAGUCCAACCCGCCUUCUCUCCCUCCAGUCAACGUGGGGGGUUUUAACUGAGCGAGAGAUUGAACACACUAGUUCCUUGUCAGCGCUGCUCGUAGGCCCGUUUCCAUGACAACACAUGACCAGGUGACCUCAGAAAGCAGGAGAGAGUGAUGAGAGAGAGAGAAAAAAACGUUUUGAAGUUAAAUUAAUAAACUGGUAAAUCACAUUUAAAUCCUUCCAAGUAGAGCAACACAAAUCAAAAGAAGUGCACUUAUGAAUUAAAAUAUUUAAAUAGAAAGUACAUAAAUGCAACACCUCACAAUUUUAUAUCAGCAUUUUUUUUUUUACUAAUCCUUUGGUCAAAAUGUGACUGAAUAUAGCUAGCACUAGCUUUCCUUGGCAGGUAAAAGGCUAAUGUUAACUUUAUUAAACAGCGUAUUCUCUAGGGCGGACUGAAGUUAGCAAUAUGGCCGACUGACUUAAAUAUUACUAUUUAUUGUUUCUGACCUACGUAAGACGUUUAUACAUGCGUGUCACUGUUUGGCAAUCAUAAGGCUUUUUCUUGUGUCUUAAAUAAUCCAAUAAGCUGAGUAAGAAUGUUUGACCCACGUGUGGUUAGAAUUACCCAACAGCAUAAACACAGCAUCUGGGUGAAACAGAUAUCUCACUUUUACUUUACUUCUGAAAUAUCUUUGCAGUCCUGCAGCCAUUCUUGCAGCUGACUGGGAAAGUAAUUAAACAUCAGAGCAACAUAGACAUUUAAUGCAGUUGUAAUUGCCGAAACAGCGAAAGCUGUAAAUACACAGAUGAAACCGUGGAUAAUAUCACCUGGGGGGAAAAAAUUAACAUCAACAUACCGUAAUAGCCAGUCUUUCCAACUGAACAGAUUGUUCCUGUUUCAUGGCUUUUACACAUUUAAACCAUUGCGUAUUAAUACUUUAUAUCUCUUUCUCUGUUUUGGUUGCAGUCAAUUUCUGUUUAAGUGCCUGUUGUUAAAGAGUUAAAAGCUGCUCAUUUUGCUAAGAUCCUGAGUUAUAUGUAGUGAUCGUGCGUGCAGUCACCAGUGGAAUAGAAGAGUCGUGUCCAUAAACAGGUUUCAGCUCGCUGUUGCAGAUCCCCAACAUUAUUCAGUUUGUGAGUAUGCGCAGUAAUUAAAUCAGAUGAGAAGCUCUUUCAGUGCUUAAAACAUUUUUGCAGUUCUGUUUAAGAGUAGAUGUUUUACACAGCAUCCCAGAUCUUUUUGGAAAGUUAGUUGUGCAAUAUAUUGCAAAGGCUGAAAGCACAUGUAUAUGUACAGGUAAAAAAAAAGAUGCUGCUGAAAAAUCCACUGAGGUGGUUUGACCCAUCACAGAUUUGGUUAUCUCAGUUUUCUGUUUUAAACACAUUAGAUUUUUAUCAUCCUCUUUUUCCUCAUGUCUCCUCUAACCCCAAUCCUAUUAAGGUGCAAUAUUAAAUUACUGCAAAGUACCUUUAAUUAAAAUCCCAUUCCAGGUCAUUCUAUUUAGGGUUUGACAGCUUGCAAAAACCAAGUGCAUUAUUUGGAUUAUGGAAGAAAUCAAUAUAACAAAAAUAUGACUCCAAAAAACUUGCGAUUGGGACACAACCUCUUCUUGUUUUGUGCACCCUUCCUUUUUAAACACGUCUUCUUUUCAUUUUGUGGACUCUCAUGCAGGUAGCCAGUUGCCCACUAGAGGGAGAUGCAUCUCUGCUUCCCAGUGGCUAUGGAUCCUGCAGAGGUUCUACAGAGAUAUUUUGAUUAAUAAAACAAAUUAAUCAAUUCAUGUGGUUCGCUUAUAAAGAAAUAACGGCAUGUAAAAGAUGCAUUUAUAGAUUUUGUUCUGCUACGGAGGCAAAUGGUUUUACAAAGUCUCUCCAGCAUCUUAACAGUGCAGUUACACUCAGUCUUGAGAUUCUCAAACUCUCCAAGCAGAUUUCAGAAAUCUGAAAACACCUACUGAUAUCAUCUUGAUUUUUAUUUUUUAUUUUUUUGGUGACACUAAUGUGCAUUUUAGCAUCUCAACCUUUGCUGUGGUGUGAAGUGGUUGUGUUCACAUGCCAUGGUGUCUUAAAAGGACGUAAAAUAUUUUGGGACUUUUGUCAAGGAAAAGCUUGUGGUACUGGAUAUUUAAAGAGAUACUUUUAAAUUAUCACUUAUUAAAGUUAUAUCGACAUAUUAAUAAAUUUUAUGCAUAAAUGGACAUUCUCAUGUUUUGAAAUAAACAUUUAUAUACU